CUUCUGAUUCCUCCCAAAAUCCAAACCUUUUAAUUAGAUUUUUCUUCAGAGAGAUCAUAUCCCAUGGAUGCCAACAAAAGCAGAAAACUUUCAUUGAUGCUGGUCUUGUUCAUUCAGGUGCUGGCUGCAACUCUUCCAGGUUGUUUCUUGGGAGCCAGCCAGCAGCUCCCCAUCAAGAAACCCGAAGUUCAAACAAUGGCUUCUCAUGGUCAUGGGUUUGGCUCUUCUCUUUAUUUUCCGGUCACUGGGAAUGUCUAUCCUGACGGGUACUUUGCAGUGUCCUUCAGCAUAGGCAAUCCACAAAAGCCUUUUCCCCUUGACAUUGACACUGGAAGUGACCUCGCUUGGGUCCAAUGUGAUGCACCCUGCACUGGCUGCACUGGCUGCACUGUGCCCCCAGAUCAACUUUACAAGCCUGCACAAGGCAGCUUUGUGCUUUGUGAGGAUCCUUUAUGUCCUGUAAUUCAAAGUUUAGGAGAAACUACUUGCAAGGGACCAUAUGAACAAUGUCACUUCCACAGGUCGUAUGCUGAUGGUAGUUCAGUUCGUGGGGUGCUGGUCAGAGACAACUUUUAUCUAGGCAUCAUCAAUGGCACUCCUUUUCAGCCCAGUUUGACCUUUGGGUGUGCAUCUGACAUUCAACAUGGUCGACACGGUCCUCCUCCCACUACUGGACUCCUUGGACUUGGCAAGACUGCAGCAAACAUCUUCUCUCAGCUUCGUGUAGAAAAUGUAAUAGGUCAUUGUUACAGUGCAAAAGGGGGAGGAUUUAUGUUCAUUAGAAAUGAUCCUGUAAGCUCUUCAAAAGUCUCUUGGGUACCAAUGUCGCAGAACACCUUGGCUAAACAUUAUGCCUCGGGUCCAGCAGAUCUUCUCUUUGGUGGAGCGCCUACUAGCAUAAAGGGUCUUCAUGUAAUCUUUGACUCUGGCACUACCUUCACUUACUUCAAUUCUGCAGUUUAUGAAGCCAUACUCAAUCUGUUGAGCAAGGAUCUAAAUGGGAAGCAAAUAAGACAAGUACAAGAUCCAGAUCUUCCUGUCUGCUGGAAUGACGGAAAACCUUUCAGAGUCCUUUCUGAUGUUAAGAGCUAUUUCAAGCCCUUUACACUGGGCUUUACAAGAACGAGGAAUGCACAGCUGCAACUAACACUCGAAAAUUAUCUCAUAAUUUCAGAACAUGGAAAUGCAUGCCUGGGAAUUUUGGACGGGACUAAAGAAAGAAUGGGAAACAUUAAUGUCAUUGGAGACAUUUCAAUGCUAGACAAAUUGGUAAUCUAUGAUAAAGAAGGAAAGCAGAUUGGAUGGUCUUCAGCAAAUUGCAGCAGGAUUCCUAAGUCCUGAACCCCACUUCUCCAUCACUAGCCAGAAGAAAGCAUUGAGAAAGAACAAUAAAUGAAUGAAGAAAAAACUUGUCUGUAUCAGCUUCCUGCUUAAAUGUUUCAGUAAGAUCCAGUUUUCAGUCACAGGAAGCUUGCUGAAAUCAUUUUUAUGCUUCAUUAUAUAUAUUCCAGCAAUGAGACAGUAAAAAAAAAAUAAUAAUAAAGGAAACAAAGGAUGCAAGUAGAUUGAUAACAAAUCUAACGUCCUCCUCUCUUUCAGGAACAUGGAAAUGCAUGCCUGGGAAUUUUGAACGGGG